GUUUAAAGUCGUGGUUUCUUCCACUUCAUUCCCUAACGAGAGAGACCCCUUAUCCAGAAAGCUGCAUCCGCUAAUGGCUUAUCCAUCUUCCUCUAAGUGCCAGUUCCAGGUGUUUGUGAGUUUCAGAGGCGCCGACACGCGCAAUAAAUUCACCUCUCACCUCCUCGAGUCCCUAAAAAGGAAAGGUAUCGACACUUUCUCUGAUAAGAAACUUCCGAGAGGCGAUGACCUCUCGGUUCUCUAUGGCAGGAUCGAGCAAUCGCAUAUGUCGAUCAUCGUCUUCUCGGAGAGGUACGCCGACUCCACCUGGUGCUUGGAGGAGCUCCGGAAGAUCAUGCAGCGAAGGGAGAAAUUCGGUCAUGGGGUUAUACCCAUCUUCUACAAAGUCAAGAAAUCUGAUGUGGCAACUCAGAAAGGGAGUUUCGGAGCUCCAUUUCGAACCCCUGAAGAGAGUUUCAAGGGAGAUGGGCACAAGAUUGAGGAAUGGAAGGACGCUCUGAGAACUGCUUCCAAUGUUCUUGGCUUUGUAUAUCCUGAGGACAGACCGGAGACUGAAUUUAUCGAUGACAUCGCCAAGAGUACCCUCAAGAUGCUCCAUGAUUUGUGUCCAUGUGAAACCAGUUGUCUCCCGGGGAUCGAAUCACGUUCCAAGGAGCUGGAGGAGUUACUCAUGUUUGGUAAUGAUGAAUGUGUCCGUACCAUCGGAGUUCUUGGGAUGACUGGGAUCGGCAAGACAGAGGUGGCUAAAAACGUGUAUAAGCGAAACUGCAGCCAGUUUGAUGGUUACGAUUUUGUUGACGACAUUGACAAGGAGUUGGAAUGGCAUCAGUUGUGUCAUUUGCGGGAGAACCUCCUCUGCAAAGUAUUGGAUGUAGAAAAGUUGGAUGUCAGAGCUCACGGAAUAUUGGAGAAUUAUCUCCCGAACAAGAAGUUGUUUAUCCCUCUGGAUAAUGUGACGGAUCAAGAACAGAUAGAAGUUCUCAUUGGAGAGAAAGCAGUUUACCGGAAAGGAACUAGGAUUGUUAUAAUAACCAGAGACAAGAAGCUGUUGGAGAACAAAGUUGAUGCAACAUAUGUUGUCCCCAGACUAAAUGACAGAGAAGCUAUGGAGCUUUUCUGUUUUUAUGCAUUCCCUGGCAACCUAUACCCGUCGGAAGAAUUUAUGGAUCUAUCAGAAAAAUUUGUAUAUUAUGCUAAAGGUCAUCCGUCAGCUCUGAAGAUUAUAGGUUCGGCUCUACUUAAGAAGGAUAAAUCAUACUGGGUGUGGAAAUGGGAGAGCUUAGAGGUAAUGCCAGACAAGGACAUCCGGACAGCGCUAGAAAAGAGUUAUAAGAAACUAGAUGAUCAACAAAAGAGCAUGUUUCUGGACAUAGCAUGCUUUUUCAGAUCAGAAAAAGCAGAUUUCGUUACAAGCAUCCUGAAAUCAGACGACUUCUGUGUUGCUGCUGUGAUGAAAGAGCUUGAAGAUAAAUGCUUGUUAACUAUUUCUUAUGAUAGGCUUGAGAUGCAUGAUCUACUGCAGAUGAUGGGAAAGUAUAUUGAAUAUGAAUCAUCCAUCACAAAGGUGGGCAAACGUAGACGGCCGUGGAAACUCAAAGAUAUUCGUGGUAUCCUCGAGCGGAACAAGGGUAAUAAAUAUGUUAGAGGCAUCUUCUUGAACAUGUCUGAUGUUGAAAGGAUCAAGCUUAGUCCUGCUGCUUUCUUGAGGAUGUCCAAUCUCAAAUUCCUGAAAUUCCACAGUUCUCAUUGUUCUCAGUGGUGUGACAAUGACCAUAAAUUUCAGUUCUGCAAAGGGCUCGAUCAAUUUCCAGAUGAGCUUGUGUAUCUUCACUGGCAGGGGUAUCCUUAUGAUUACCUUCCAUCAGACUUUAAUCCGGAGGAACUUGUCUACUUAAAUCUGCGUUAUAGCCUCAUCAAAGAACUGUGGGAAGAGGAACAGAAUACAGAAAAUUUAAGAUGGGUCGACCUCAGUCAGUCAAAAGGCUUGCUGAACUUAUCAGGUUUGUCCAAGGCCAAAAAUCUCGAAAGACUGGAUCUCGAAGGCUGCACGAGUUUGGAUGCGUUGGGCCCAGCAAUCGAAAAGAUGAACAAGCUUCUUUCCCUAAACCUCCGAGAUUGCACAAGCCUUAAGAGUCUCCCAGAGGGAAUCAACUUAGAAUCUCUGAAGACUCUGAUUCUCAGUGGCUGCUCAAACCUUCAGGACUUUCACAUCAUAUCAGAGAGUAUUGAAUCCCUUUAUUUGGAAGGCUCAGCAAUAGAACAACUCGUUGAACAUAUUCAGAGUCUUCGGAGUCUUAUUUUCCUGAAUCUCAAGAAUUGUCGCAGGUUGAGGUGUCUUCCAAACGAUCUUUACAAGCUGAAAUCUCUUCAAGAACUGAUUCUCUCUGGCUGUUCAGCGUUGGAGUGUCUUCCACCCAUCAGAGAGGAAAUGGAAUGCUUAGAGAUCUUGCUAUUGGAUGGAACUUCCAUCAAACAGACACCUGAAACCAUUUGCUUGAGUAACCUCAAGAUUUUUUCCUUCUGUGAAUCUAGCAUCGAUGAUUCAACAGGGUUGGCACUGCUGCCUUUCUCUGGCAGCUCUCGUCUAUCGGACCUCUAUCUCGCGAACUGCAAUAUCAGCAGGUUGCCGAACAACUUCAGCAGCUCUUUACACUCAUUGCGGUGUCUAUGCUUAAGCAGAAACAACAUUGAGACUCUACCCGAAAGCAUCGAGAAACUUUAUUCUCUGUUGUUGCUUGACUUAAAACAUUGCCGCAAGCUCACUUCUCUCCCGGUGUUUCCAUCUAAUCUACAGUGCUUAGAUGCUCAUGGGUGUGUUUCUCUGGAAAACGUUGCUAAACAAGUAAAGGUUCCUCUAGUAGCUGAGAGGAUGCAUACUAAUUUCAUUUUCACGGAUUGCUUUAUGCUGGACCGUGCUGAGCAAGAAGCUAUUGUAGCUCAGGCCCAACUCAAGAGUCAGCUACUGGCAAGGACAUCUCUUCAAUAUAAUCUCAAGGGACUAGUUAUGGAUCCUCUGGCUACCGUUUGCUUUCCAGGAAGUGACAUACCUUCGUGGUUAUUUCAACAGAGAAUGGGAUCUUCCAUAGAAACCGACCUGGUUUCACACUGGUGUAAUAGUAAAUUUAUUGGAGUUUCCCUAAGUGUUGUUGUCAGCUUCAAAGGCCAUGAAGAUUAUCAUGUCAACCGUUUAUCUGUAAGAUGCAAGUGCAACUUCAAAAAUCAAAACGGUCAGUCUAUCAGCUUUAGUUUCUCGCUUGGAGGAUGGAACGACUCGUGUGGUUCAUCUUGCCAUGAACCACGGAAACUUGGAUCUGACCAUGUGUUUAUUAGCUAUAACAAAUGUAAUGUGCCAGUCUUCCGAUGGAGUGAAGGCAGUGAUGAAGCUAACAGAUGUCGUCCCACUAGUGCCGCAUUUGAAUUCUACCUUACUGAUGACACUGAAAAGAAACUAGAAAGCUGCAAGGUGACAAGGUGUGGGAUGAGUUUGCUAUAUGCUCCUGAUGAGAAUGACCGUGGAUUCCAGGGAACACGGGUUACAGAUAUAGUUGAGCAUACAUCGAGUGAAGCUUUUGUGCCCAUAAGAGGUUGGUCACACUCGCAAGUUGGAGAAAGAAGGAAUGGUAUAAUAAGAGAUGAAAUUCCCUUAUGAGUGUUUAUUCCAGAGCUAGAGGUCACUGGUCGUGAAAUCAUCUAAAGGGACUUGGAGACGCCGCAUUACUAUUCAGACCCUAUGGAUUUUCAAAGAAGAGUUCUAUCUACUUAUCUGGCUGAAGUUUGACGUUAAACUUAUCCUUGGAUCUGAUUAUCGUUUCAGGAUGAUCGAUGAGGUCGUCACUUUACUGCAACUUUGUUCUGCGUCCCAAAUACAAAACAGAGUAUUGUUCUCUUUCUCUGUUUCUCCCUUUGCAUGGCAUGUAUGUUCAGUUUCUUGAGCUUGGUGGAACCACAGCCAUUGGUCUACAAGGUUCCAUGUUUUGAUAAGGCGUUUGUAUAAAAUGUAUGUGCCCAAUGUUGAAGGGAAUUUGAUGAAAGUCGCGGGAUAAAUCCAAAUUAUUGGGCCAUGAUUUUUUGUUAUGUAGUUGAUUAAAGAAACUUGUUUGUUUGAUGAUUUGUUGGUAUAUUUAAUUUGUGGUAUGGAGAUGAUUGUUGUUUGAAGCAUAAGGAAUGAGUGUUUGUUAGCUACGAA